ACAAAUUUAUUUUUUUUCUAUUUUCCCAUGGAUCUUAGAAAACAAAAGCCCCUCAAAAUCCACCUGGUUUGCUCCACCGACUCGCCCGAGUUCAGUUACUUAACCAAGUCUCUGACUCGUUCCUCACUCAUCGCUCUCGACGCCGAGUGGAAACCCGACCACACAGGAAAUCAGUCUUAUUUCCCCACAGUCACCCUCCUCCAACUCGCCUGCGAACUCGGUCCCGGACUCGUCUCUGACCCAGACGAGUUGGAGGACUCGGCGACUUUCCUCGUCGACCUGACUUCAAUCCCUCUCUCUUCAAUCUGGGAACUGCUUAGAGAUGUUUUCGUUUCCCCUGAUAUAUUGAAACUGGGUUUCAGAUUCAAACAGGAUUUGAUUUACUUGUCUUCCACUUUCUGUGAGCAAGGCUGUGAUCCUGGGUUUGACAGGGUCGAGCCCUUUUUGGAUAUCACUAGUGUAUACAAUCAUUUGCAACAUAAGCUACAUGGAAUGAAGGUAUCAAAACAAACUAAGAGUCUGGCAACCAUCUGCAAAGAACUGUUGGGCCUCUCUCUUUCAAAGAGAAACCUUCACACUCACAUGUUGUGGAGGCAACCUGAUAUCCUUUUGUUUUCCUGCAGAUGUGGGCAUGUUUUCCACUAUCUGCUCUCUCUGCGUUAUGUGGUUUUCAAUUUGACUGAAAAUAGAGAAGAGCAGAAAACAUAUGCAGCAAUGGAUGCGCACUGUUUGCUUGAAAUAUUUAAUGUAUUUCAUGCGAAGACAAUCAAAGAAGGGAGUUAUUUUCACAAUGUUGACAAAAUGUCUCCCGCUAAUGUGGAUCUUGGGUUGAAAGAGGUUCUUGAGCAGCAUGAUAUAAGUAGUAAAGUUUUGAGUAUCAAAUUUUGUGAAGCUUUAGAAAUAGUCCAGGCUACAGCUUCUAAUUUUCCAGAAAAAAUAACUACAGUGCAUGAGAUGGUUUCAAGAUCAUCAUGCAGAAUUACCAUGCCAAUGGAUGAAUCUAUAUUGAAAGUUGUAAAAAAAUAUGGGGAAAAAAUUGUGUUGAAAGAUUCAGACAGAAAGCCAAAGGCCUCCAAAAAGAGAGGGAAGAGACAGUCACCAGUGGAUGCAAUCUUCAAAGAAAAGCAAUCAGAAAAUUCAGAUGCUUGGCAAGGGCCUCCACCAUGGGACUUGUCUUUGGGGGGUGAUGGAUGCCCUAAAUUUCUAUGUGAUGUGAUGGUCGAAGGUUUGGCAAAACAUUUACGGUGCGUUGGGAUAGAUGCUGCUAUUCCUUAUACAAAAAAGCCCGAACCAAGGGAGUUAAUAGAACAAGCACUCAAAGAGAAUAGGGUUCUCUUGACACGAGAUGCUAAGCUGCUAAGACAUGAGUAUUUGAUAAAAAAUCAAAUAUAUAGGGUGAAGGCUCUUCUAAAAAAUAAACAACUACUGGAGGUCAUUGAAACUUUCCAGUUGAAAAUUAGCGAGGAUAAGCUGAUGUCAAGGUGCUCCAAAUGCAAUGGGAGGUUCAUUCAAAAGCCUCUAACCACAGAAGAGGCUGUUGAAGCUGCAAAAGGUUUCCAAAGAAUUCCUAACUGCUUGUUUAACAAGAAUUUAGAGUUUUGGCAGUGCAUGGACUGCCACCAGCUUUACUGGGAGGGAACCCAAUACCACAAUGCAGUCCAGAAGUUCAUCGACGUAUGCAAGUUGAAUGACUAAUCCGAAGUCCAGAAUCAUUUUGCAGUUUUUCUCCCAAGUUGGUAUUGGUACCACUUUAUGAACCUCCUGUUUUGAGUACAGGUCCAUAUCAGUUUUAUAUGCAUUUUUUACUCGUUUCUAUUGCUUAAAUUAAUUCAGUUUUCUUGGCAUCAGUAUCUAGUAGACGAUCACGACAUGCCCCCACUUUAUUAUAUGGUGAUGCUUUGUAUAGAACUGGUUGGACCCUUUACACUAUGGGGAAAAGCUGUCUGCCAAAAUUGACUAAAUUGGAAGUUUUACUGUAUGGGCAUGACGUGUAUGUGUGAUAUUGUUCAGACUUUUUGUUUCGUAGUUAUAUUUAUUUAGUUGCACCAA